GCGUCGACAAUGGCGAAGAAGAGCUAUGACCUGUUGUUCAAACUUUUGCUGAUUGGAGAUUCCGGUGUUGGGAAGACUUGCAUACUCUUUAGAUUUUCAGAUGAUGCGUUCAACCACACGUUUAUUUCGACGAUAGGAAUCGACUUUAAGAUAAAAACGAUUGAACUUCGAGGGAAGAAAAUCAAACUACAGAUAUGGGACACGGCCGGCCAGGAACGAUUCCACACCAUCACCACGUCCUACUACCGGGGCGCCAUGGGCAUCAUGCUCGUGUACGACAUCACCAACCCGAAGAGUUUCGACAACAUCGCCAAGUGGUUGCGGAACAUUGACGACCAUGCGAACGAAGACGUAGAGAAGAUGAUAUUGGGGAACAAAUGCGACAUCGAAGACAAGAGGAUGAUCACGAAGGAGCGGGGCGAAUCGAUCGCGCGCGAGCACGGCAUCCGCUUCCUGGAGACGUCGGCCAAGGCCAACAUCAACAUCGAGCGCGCGUUCCUGGAGCUGGCCGAUGCCAUCCUGGCCAAGUCGCCCGGCCGUGACAACGUGGAGAUCCCCGACCGGUUCCCGCAGGAGAAACAGACUCACCACGCGGGCGGGAAGUGUUGCUGAGCCGGCGGACGUCCGCGAGCGAGCGAGCGAGCGAGCGAGAGCGUGCCGCCGCCCCUAGUCGACCCGCGCGCUCGGUCCGCGAGUGCAUUGUCUGUGAUGUGGGCGACGCCAGUGCCCCUGGCGGCCGCGGUCGGCACCGCCGGUGUUGGCGAGGGCCGCCAGAGCGGCGCCACCCGCCGUUCGAGAUUGUCCUGCUUGGUCGCGUUCCACUGCAAUAGUUGUCUGUUCGGGCGCUGCGUGGACGGCGCGUGCCGCCAUCGCGGAUCAUGGGACACUCCUGCUGCAGGAGCGAAAUCUAGCUUCUGGGCGGCGGCAGAGGGACGCGCAUCUCAGGAUCGGGCAUAGACUGUGCAUUUAAUGCCACGUGUACCGGACGGUAUCCCUGAGCAGCAUUCGUUGUAGGUAUUUGCUUUACGGUCGCUGGCGCGGUUCGUGCGCGCGCCGCGCCCGCCGCCGCCG